AUGAACGAAGGUAAUAUGGGUAUUAUUGUCAAACUGUUGUGGUGUUACAAGACUUGGACAGUAGACGCGUUACUCUCCACAGUAAGGAAAGUCUUAAAAUACGAUCACAAGCAAAAGCAAACCAUGGACGAGUUGAAAGACUUCAGUCGGGUUUCUCCGGCGGUUCAGAAUCAUCUUAAGCGGGUUUAUCUCAGCUUAUUCUGUAUUCUAGUUGCGUCUGCCUUUGGAGCUUACCUCCAUAUGCUCUGGAAUAUCGGUGGUAUGAUCACUACGCUUGGAUGGGUUGUAAGCACAUUGGAGCAUUUUCACUCCUGUCCUCCACAUGAACAUCAAAUGAGGUUUUCACUUCUUUUUCUCUUUGGCCUUCUUCAAGGGGAUUCAAUUGGUCCAUUGAUCAAGUCGGCAAUCGAUAUUGACCCGAGGUGCUUUGUUGUUCCAUUUUUGCCUAACACUCGGCCAGAACUUUGUCUGGCAAUGCUGGCUCGACGCAGAGAGUACCUCUACCUCGGAGGAAUGCUUUCUUCUGGCCUGUCCAUGCUAGCUUUGCUCAGGACUUCUGAGUUUGCAUCUUCGUCUGUCGAGUUUCAGCUAGUAGUGAGUUAUAACUUUUAUUUCUCACCGUUUUUAUGA